CUCAAAACAAAGUGAAACAUGCCGAUAGGGAAAAUGUAAGAACCCGAAGAGGACGAUAGUAAAAUAAUUGCAAUAUUAUUACCGAAAUUAGAUAGAUGGUGUUAAUGUUAAACCCUAAGAGGAAAUUUGUAAAAUAAAUGCAAUAAAAUCUCUGGGAAAGAAAAUGGGAUAGACGGUGAUCAAGUAAAUAAGAAGCAUAUCCUACCACUGGAAUAUAUAUCUGGGGCAGAUCCAGCAAUUGACGUUGGAGUAGGCGUUACUCAGGAACGCAACUUUUUGACAUACGCUCCUACCUCAGAACCGAAACUGUAUGGCGUGAACUAUUUGUAUGGGGUUUGAGACAGUGUGGAGUCAGAUUGAGUUCACUAGCCUGUAAGCGCACAGCUCAGAACACAAAUGGCUUCGUACAAAGACAUCAUAAAGGAAAAAGAUAGCCAGAACUGGUUCAAAGGAUCCCUCGCCCUCAGGAUAACCAAGGCUGGCUUACGAGGCCUUGUUGAAGGGGACUCCCAUCGUGUUCAGCAAAAGAUUCACUCCUCAAUCCUCCUGGCCAGGCACCUCGCUGCUGGAACAACAUGCAGCCUUUGUCUGACAGAACAUCUCUUGCAGUGUCCAACAAAAGGACUCUGCUCACAUCCGCGAAACUGCAAGUACCACAACACUCCAUUAAAGAUACACCGACCUUGCCCCUCAAAGAUAUGCGAUGACUUUCGGGAUGAAAUAUGCGCUCUCCACAGAUAUAGUGGACCAUCCUGGAAGAAUACCAAAGCCAACCAAUGGUGUACGAAUCAUUGGCAAAUAGCUAAAUGCUUUAUGCCACCUGACGGCUAUCACGACGUGACGUCGUACGACGAGACAGACUUCAAUGAUAUCAUUAGCGUUAUGAACAACUGUACAGAAUUCCAACGGCGUAUUUCGUUCGCUAUUGGCAACCAACCCAACGCCUUAACUGAGGCUCGUGUGAUUGGCCGCAAUAUUCGCCAUUCCCCGGAUCACAAGGUGACAGACACAGACCUAGCUGAUUACUUCGCCACUCUGAACGCGCUUCUGACAGACUCUACAUUUCUGGCUAGUGACAAGGAUGCCCAGCAAGCUUGCUUUGAACUAAAACAGCUUGAAAAGGGUGCCCGUCCAUUAUCUACCGAGGACGUAAAGGAACUACUAGAAGAAGCUAGAGCCACAAUAGAAGCUGGCAAUCGUCAGUUAGCGGAGUCCACGGAAACAGGGAAGAAAGAUUUAGAAGGCGAUGUAUUGCAGGGUAAAACUGCCAUAGAAGCUGGCAUAGAAGCUGGCAAACGUCAGCUAGCGGAGUCCACGGAAACAGGGAAGAAAGAUUUAGAAGGCGUUGUGUUACAAGGUAAAACUGCCAUUGAAGCUAGAAAUUAUGAAAUAGUUGAAGCCGUGUCUCAUGAAAAAGCAGUGCUUGAAUCCGGGUUUCGUCGACUAAAAGAAAAAGUGUCGGAUUUUCAGGUUGUCCUCGAAGCAUGGAAGCUUCGGUUAGAAGAUGCAACUAAAACAGAAAAGAGCGAGCUAGAAGGCGUUGUGUUGCAGGGGAAGCGUCAAUUAAAAUAUGCAACUAAAACAGGAAAGAGCGAGCUAGAAGGCGUUGUGUCGCAGCGGAAGCGUCAAUUAGAAGAUGCAGUAUCUACUCCUAGUGGGGUCACAAAGAGCGCGAGACUCCCGAAUAAGGCGAAACAAAGAGAAGGUAAUUGUCUGAUACUAAUAGCACAAAAGAACAAUAAUGAGUAACAUUAAGAUGUAUCUUAUAAUGUUAUACUGAUUAACAUUUAUUUUAUAAUAUGUGUAUCAGGUUAUGAUCUUAAGAUAAACUGUUUAUGUCAAUAUUCCGUUUAUGGAAAAAUACUAAUAUAUAAGAUACUAAUAGCACGAAAGAACAAUACUGAGUAACAUAAAAAAAACUGAUUAUGUUAUAUUCCGUUAAUGGAAAAAAAAGAAUAUAAAGAAUGUCUCGAUAAGUGUUUUUGAGAAAAUUUACGUCAGGGUAUUUCGUUGUUUUAAAUGGUUGAUUGAACAAAUGUAGGUUAAAUACCUAAAAGCUGAAUAAAUAGUUGAUUAUUAAAUUUAAACAGAAUGAUGUAAAUAAUUUUAAACAAGAGUCUGAUUAGCGAAACAUAUAGAAUGGUAAAUGAUGUUUUCUGUGUAUCCAAUGAGAAGCAUUACAUAUGUUGUUGUUUGGUACUGACUUGUUUAAAAUAAGACGAUGGUGAUGCAUAGCGGAUUCUUUCCGUCAACAUUCGUCAAUUGUUUUUUUUCAUCGCAGAUGUGGAAUCAGUCCGAAAUAAGUCGUGACACCUCAGCAAAUUUUCGAUUUUUUACUAUUAUCUUACGUUUUUUUUUAGAAAAUAUCUUUAUUUUAAAGAAUAACCAGGUUACUGGUACUCCUUGUUUAUUAUCCCCCGCCGAAUCGAAGAUUUCGGGAGGGGGUAUUGUUUUGGCGUUAUCCGUCUGUCCGCCAUUCCGUCCGUCCGUCCGGUACCAUAUCUUGGUCAAACUUGGUCAGAAUGUUCCCCUUGAUAAAAUCUCGACCACUUGUGAAAGUGGGUCACAUGGGGUCGAAAUCUAGGUGACCAGGUCAAAUCUUUAAAAAAAAAAUGAAACAUACUAGAGGCAUUACACAUGGUCAAAUAUUCAUGAAACUUAACAGUGAUUUUUUUUCGUGAAAUUGACCGCCGAAUAACGGCUGUUUCCCCUCGCCGAAAAUCGUCCAAUUUUCCCCAAAAAAAGUCAUAUUUUCCCCAAAAAAGGUAACCAAUUCCCCUCAGAAAUGAAUAAAAAAUACAAUAAUGAAUUGUCAGGGUUUUUUUCGGCAAUAUUUAUAGCCGGUAUUCAUGUCAUAAAGUAUCAUUUUUUCCCUAUUUCUGAAUAAAAAAUCCAAAUCUGGAGUUAUAAAACUAAAAAGAAAAUAAGAAUAAAAGACGAUGGAAAUGUAAACAAAACAGUUAUUUCCCCUACAUGCAAGCGUCUAUUCACAAAGACAUACAAUGAUGUAACAUCCGCGUCAUGGUGAAAGGUGGAUUUUCAUUGGUUGAAAUAUUAUUUUUUUUUGUCCAAUCAGAGAGCAUGUAACAAAUUAAGAGUUAAAAAACAUUGUGUUAGAAACAUGUGUCAUUGUCAACAAAAGGAUUAAUAAUCCAAAAGUGACAGUAAAUUAUUCGGUGCAGGAGGGGAUUAAAAUAACUAAUAGACAAUGCUGUUCUUUGUCAUGCCUCACCUACAUGUUUAUAUACAUGACAUUGACCUUCAUUACCAAUAUCGGAAAAUGACAUAACUGAGAAAUGAAACUGAAAGCAGACAACUGGGUGAAAUGACAAAGUAUUUAUUUAUUAUAUUGAUGUUGUAUUUACUUUUUGAUUAAUGUCGAAGGAAACAUGUUGAUGAAAUUUUACAAAAUUCAUUCAUUUGUUUUUUGAUCAAUUGCAAACAAGACUAUAUGGAAAUUGGAAAAAAUAAAAAUAUUGAUAUAUUAAUUCCAUUCUCUCUAUGAGUGUGAAAGUCAUCAUUUUUAUUAGACAGCAGAUUUUGUAUCCAAUCUAAGAGGAAUUAAGAAAUUGUUUAUUUCAAAGAGUUAAAACAGGGCUUAAACAAUGUAAAGUGUUAAUAGAGUCAGUGCAUAUUAUGAUGAAAAUACCAAUGUUGUUCAUUUAAGUAUUAUAUAAAUUAUAUCUUUUGUAAUUAUUAAUGAAGAAUUUCCCAACAUUGAUAGGGAUCAUUUGGCACAAAAAUCAUGUUUUACAUGUUUUGAUGAUAGUAACUGUCA